CUCAAUCCCGCGAGCCCCUCAAGUUUUAUUACCCAACCCAGCCGUCAACAACACCCUCACUCCCUUAACCCGAACCCAGACCAUCUUCUCACUCCAUCGAACGCGCCAACGCAAGCCUUCCCCAUCCGCGCCAUGGCGUCGCCGUCGUCGCUCGCACGCUACACCCUCGUCUUCUACGCACCCCCGGGAGCCGUCGCCGUGUGCAAGGCCGCCAUCUUCGCCGCCGGCGCUGGGCGCUACCCCGGCGCGGGCAACUACACCGAGUGCUGCUGGUCCGCCACCGGCACGGGCCAGUUCCGACCAGGCGACGCCGCCAACCCGCACAUCGGCACCGUCGGUGCGCUCGAGGAGACGCCAGAGACGCGUGUCGAGACACUCUGCGUCAGCCGAGACGUGGCACGCAAGGCCGUCGAGGCCCUCAAAUCCGUACACCCAUACGAGGAGCCAGCCUACCAAGUCUACAAGGUGGAGGAUUUGUGACUUCGUACGUGUGUGAAAAGGUGAAUGAUACGCGUUUCCGUGUAGCGCAGGGGGUAACUGGCAUUAACACGUCAUGAACCCGUGUCCAUCGCCCCUUGAGUCUUCUGGUAUCAUCAGUAGCGCGCCUUAUCUUGGAGUUGCUUAACGUCACACGCGGCACGCACUUCAAGACAGGCUUGUAAAGAAGAAACAUCGUGACAUUUCCAAGCCUCAAACGGGCUCGGACUGGCUUCUAACCGUC